AGUUUUAUAUUAAUUGAGUGAACGGACGGUGUUGAUAGGGGAAAAAGGAAAAGAGAGCUUCAUCUGAGUCGUCUCCCUUUCUCCACUCUUCUCCAACGUCCGAUCUUCUUCUCCUUCAAUCCCUUCUUCUCGCGCCUAAUUUUACAUAUCCCCAGGUAUGGCAGAUGGACAAGGUUCAUCUAGGUCGCCUCCGAGUCCUAAUGGAGGUGGUAGUCACGAGAGCGGUGGGGACCAGAGCCCUAGGUCUAACGUACGUGAACAGGACAGGUUUCUACCUAUCGCUAAUAUUAGUCGAAUCAUGAAGAAGGCUUUACCUGCUAAUGGAAAAAUUGCUAAGGAUGCUAAGGAGACUGUUCAGGAAUGUGUUUCUGAGUUCAUUAGCUUCAUCACCAGCGAGGCAAGUGACAAGUGCCAGAGAGAGAAAAGAAAGACUAUUAAUGGUGAUGAUUUGCUAUGGGCAAUGGCAACUCUUGGGUUUGAAGAUUAUAUUGACCCACUCAAGGUGUAUCUUGCUCGGUACAGAGAGGUAAUGAUCACUACGUUUCUGAUUCAGCUUUUCCCUGUGACCUUUCUUGAUGGAGUAUAAAUUGAUGGAUUUUUCUUUUUGUGGUUGGUGGGAUACCUGUUGGGAUGAAUGGAUUGUUGCAGAUGGAGGUAAUUGAAUGUCUAUCAUAAUGUCUUUAUAGUCAUUUCCAUUUCUUUUCUUUCUUUUCUUUUCUUUUGCUGUGGGAGCAACUGAUUCAUUUUUUAGGGUGACACAAAGGGAUCGGCAAAGGCUGCUGAUGGCUCUACUAAGAGAGAUGGGAUGCAACCUGGUCCUAAUUCACAGCUUGGACAUCAAGGUUCAUUCUCCCAAGGAAUGAAUUACGGGAACUCUCAGGGUCAGCAUAUGAUGGUCCCGAUGCAAGGGACAGACUAGCCCGGUUGUCUUUGCUCCGUUUGAGAUGGUUGGACUUAAAGCAUAUUCUAUAUAUAGAUCCUCCGUUGUAAGCUCUGUAUCAUGGUCGAUUUAUUUUAGUGCUCUCCAGUCAGGGCCAUGUCAUAUUUAAGUUUGUAAAUUUAGGAGAUGUUCAAUAUAGACCUGAUUGUUUGUAGUAAUAAGGAGAACCAUUACCUAGUAUUUCAUUUUUACCUCAUGUCAAUUGCAGGAUGUUGAUCCGUUUUGGAUGUUAAAUAUUGCCUUUUUAUUUUUCUUCUA